AUGGUCUCGUCACCAGAAACAUCGCCACUCCUCGGCGCAAGACCCACAACAACCGACCAGCUGCCUGCCUCAGAAUAUGAACCACACAGAUCCCGCCCCGGUUCAAUCCGCAGCAUGCGCUCCUGCCUGACCAGCUCCUCCGUCACCGCAGCCGGCCCUUGCCCGCGCCAACUUCCAUCCUCCGACAGUGCAUCCUCCUCCUCCAAAAAGUCCAACCCCCUCGAUGGUCUCUUCCGCGAUAUAAUCCUCGGCUUCUCCGAUGGCCUCACAGUCCCUUUCGCCCUAACAGCCGGUUUAUCCACUUUGGGGUCAACCAAACUCGUCAUCAUGGGCGGCCUAGCCGAGUUGUUUAGUGGUAUGAUCUCCAUGGGUCUGGGCGCUUACCUAGCAGGCGUAACGGAGCGUCAACACUGGGAGGCUGAGCACGCGCGUAAAGCGUGGGAAGUUUCCAACUUGCCGCAGCUGGAACAAUCGGAAAUUCUUUCUAUUCUAGAAGACGACUACGGCGUUUCUCGCCCUACUGCCGCUGCACUGGUGCAGGACUUAUCGCGAAAGGGGAACGAGACGAACUUGGUUCGGUUUUUGAUGGAUUUGCAGCUGCGGAUGAUGGAGCCUGAUCUCAACCGGGCGUGGGUCAGUGCGGGCGUCAUGGGCCUCAGUUAUUUUGUUGGAGGACUUAUUCCCAUGGUCCCGUACUUCUUUAUGGAGAAGACGGGAGAGGCGCUGUGGGUGUCGGUGGUUAUCACGGCGAUUAUUUUGCUGGUGUUUGGGUUUGUGAAGAAUUGGGUGACGAUACGGACGAAGGAGGCGGGCGUGUGGGGAGCGGUGCAGACGUUGGUUAUUGGAGCGCUGGCGGCGGGGACGAGUUAUGCCAUUGUUAGGUUGUUGGAUUCGGAACAUUAG